CCGAGCCGUCCUUCAUUUGCAUCAGUCGACAUUGCCACAGGUGGCCGGUGUAGCUAAGCAGCAGCUUGUAGCUAGCAGCAAUUAAUCGCUCCUCAGCAGGCCCAUUAACUCGCUGAUCGUGCUGCUGAUUAAGCUGCUUGAUAGUACUACGUAGUAUCGUCGGGUGCAUCUCCCCGCGUUAACUCCACACAUGGCUCCACCGUCGCAGUGCUUCGACGCCAUGCACGGCGCGGCCAACGAUGGUGCUGCCACCGUACCGGCGGCAGCCGCUGGCACGCCGCAGUGCCCCAACGUGCUCGACGCCGACGUGUUCCGGCGCCAGGGCCACCAGGUCAUCGACUUCAUCGCCGAGUACUACGGCGGCAUGGGGGAGUACCCCGUGCACCCCAGCGUCACGCCCGGCUUCCUGCGCAAUGCGCUCCCCAAGGACGCGCCGUCCCGCCCGGAGCCCGACGCGUUCGGCUCGGCGCUAAGGGACGUCCGCGACCUCAUCCUCCCGGGCAUGACGCACUGGCAGAGCCCCCGUCACUUCGCGCACUUCCCGGCGUCCAGCAGCACCGUCGGGGCCCUCGGGGAGGCACUCAUUGCCGGCAUCAACGUGGUGCCCUUCACGUGGGCCGCCUCGCCGGCCGCCACCGAGCUGGAGAUGGUGGUCGUGGACUGGCUCGGCAAGGCGCUGCAUCUGCCGGAGAGCCUCCUGUUCGCCGGCGGCGGCGGGGGCACGCUCCUGGGCACCUCGUGCGAGGCCAUACUCUGCGCCCUCGUCGCCGCCAGGGACAAGAAGCUCGCCGAGAUCGGCGAGCGGAGGAUCGGCGACCUUGUCGUCUACUGCUCCGACCAGACCCAUUUCGCAUUCCGCAAGGCCGCGCGCAUCGCCGGGAUCCUGCGCGACCACUGCCGCGCGAUACACACGUGCCGCGAAGACAUGUUCGCGCUCUCGCCCACGGAGCUGCAGGCCGCCAUGCAGGCCGACGUGGACGCCGGGCUGGUGCCGCUGUUCCUGUGCGCGACCGUCGGGACCACCCAGACGACCGCCGUUGACCCCAUCGGUAAACUCUGCGCCGUCGCGUCGUCGCACGGCGUGUGGGUCCACGUCGACGCGGCCUACGCCGGCUCGGCGCUGGUCUGCCCGGAGUUCCGCCACGUGAUCGAGGGCGUGGAGUCGGUGGACUCGUUCAGCAUGAACGCCCACAAGUGGCUCCUGGCCAACAACGACUGCUGCGCCAUGUGGGUGAAGAAGCCGAGCGAGCUCAUCGCGGCGCUGGGCACGGAGCAGGAGUACAUCCUCAAGGACGCGGCGUCGGAGGGGCACGACGUGGUAGACUACAAGGACUGGACCAUGACGCUGACCCGCCGGUUCCGCGCGCUCAAGAUGUGGCUCGUGCUCCGCUGCUACGGCGUCGACGGCCUGCGCGACCACAUCCGCUCCCACGUGCGCAUGGCCGAGGCGUUCGAGGACAUGGUGAGGGCCGACGAGAGGUUCGAGGUGGUGACGGAGAGGCAGUUCGCGCUGGUGUGCUUCAGGCUCCGGUCGCCGGAGAAGUUCGGCGGCGAGAAGACGGCCAACGAGCUCAACCGGGGCCUCCUCGAGGAGGUGAACGCGGUCGGCUCGGGUCCGUACAUGAGCUCCGCCAACGUGGGUGGCAUCUACAUGCUCAGGUGCGCCGUCGGGAGCACGCUCACGGAGGAGCACCACGUCGCUGAUGCAUGGAAGGUGGUCCAGGAUCGGGCUUCGGUAAUCCUCCGGAAAAUGGAAAUUAUCUACAGCGUGCUUGGUUAAUGUUUGAGCGAGGCGAAUAUAUAUAUGUUUCUCUACCAUGUAAAGCGUACUUACACCAACAAACUUGACCGUAAUCAAGUAGUCUUGACCUCAAUAAGGUCGGAACCACGAGGAUUUGUAAUUCUUUUUUUUUUUUUGAAACGAUGAUCUGUAUUUGAUAUUUAUAUGGAGUAUAAAGCAAUUUAUUGAUGACGUGUACUGCUUGUUUCA